AUGCUUGGGCAUUGGCAGGAAUUGAUCCGGCUGUUGCUGCCCUCAGGGCAGCGGCUGAGGCCGACUGAAGCAAACUUCUUCACCCACGCCAAACCAAGAGGAGCAUGGUCGGACUUUUACGCUAUACCAGGCGUCUCCACCAGCUCUAUGACUAUCACAGACACCAUAUCCGGCACCGACAUUGCUCUCCCGCGGGUGCUUGCCCUGGUGGGAGAAGCAAUGCUCCCUUCCGACGCGGCAUACUGGGCACCCCGGGUGCGGUUGCUCAAUGGUUACGGCCCUGCUGAAUGCGCGCCGGCUUCCGCAAUACAACAUAUUGAUGGCUGCUCAAACGUUGACAUGCGGGAUAUUGGGCACCCAGUUGGUUGUGUUGCUUGGGUUUGCGACCCGCGAGACCCUGAAGUCCUGAAGCCUGUUGGCGCUGCCGGAGAACUCUUACUGGAGGGCCCAAACCUUGGCCUGGGCUAUUUCAAGGACGCUGCAAAGACAGAUGCCGCGUUUGUUCAGCCCCGGUGGCUCCAGACUCUUCGUGGAAUGGCUGGUGUGCGAGCCUAUCGGUCUGGCGACUUGGUCUGCUACACUGAAGACGGCCCUCUGCGUUAUCUUGGAAGAAUCGGCAGUCAGGUGAAGCUUCGCGGUCAGCGGCUUGACACCUCCCACAUUGAACACCAGCUCGUCCAGUGCUUCCCUGGAGCCGUGGAAGUUGCAGUGGUUGUUGCGUGCCCUAGAAAUGCGGGCGACCGCCCUACACUAGCAGCGUUUGUCGCAGUGGGCAGCAAGCGAGAUGCGGAUACAAACACCCAUUUUCUUGCCGUACCUACAAAAGAUUUUGCCAAUCGUGUGGCUACUGCUCGUGUCCAGAUGCUACAGAAUCUGCCGGGGUACAUGGUGCCGACACUCAUGAUUCCCGUAGCGUCAUUACCCAAGUCGGCUGCUGGGAAACUGCAUCGACGCGCCUUGGAAGAUGAGAUUACAAGCAGAACCUGGAAGGAGUUGAGUCUGUAUGGAAGCGUCGAGGAGAGUCCCACGGACCGCGCUCCUCUGGAUACAGAGCGGAGUCUCCAAGAUAUAUGGGCCAAAGUCCUCGGCCUUCCCGUGGAUGCCGUCGGUCUUCGCCAGAGCUUCUUCGCACUGGGAGAUGACUCGAUCACAGCGAUGCUUGUCGUGGCACAAGCAAGAGGUGACCGAGUCGGGCUCGACGUGACCGUCGAGGACAUCUUCCGCUUCCGCACGAUUGAGCAGAUCGCGGCGCAGGUUGCAACAAGAGCGGCAACAGUGCAGCAGCUAUUCUCAGGUGAGGUGGUGGAUGUGCCAUUCAAGCUAACUCCUAUUCAACAGCUGUUCUUCCGCACCCAGGGCCAGCAAGCACGGCACCGGUUCAAUCACAACCUACUCCUGCAGCUCACGCAGCGUACUUCAUACCAUCGGCUGGAGUCUGCCAUGAAAAUCAUCGUUACGACACAUCCUAUGCUCCGGGCACGAUUCGUUCCCGGGACAGCCGGCCUGGACUGGAAGCAACAGAUCGCGGGGAAUGUCGAGGGGUCCUUCCGAUGCGAACACCAUGUCGAUGGUAGCGUGGCUCAUAUUCUUGCAGAUGCUCAACGCAGCCUCAGCAUUACCGCGGGUCCAGUGUUUUCAGCAGACCUGAUUGAAACUGGGGCGAGACAGUCCAUACUUCUAGUUGCGCAUCAUCUGGUUGUGGACCUGGUGUCCUGGAUUGUCAUUCUCAACGACCUGGACGAACUGUUGCGCGGCGGGCCCAUUUCUGGCCAACAGUCGACGUCUUUUCAGACCUGGUCCCGUUUGCUGGAUGAGCAUAUUCGGAGUCAAUUCCGUGCGGCCAGACUUCCUGAUGUCCAGCCCUGGGACGGGUUAGAAGACUUCUGGGGUGUUUCCCAGAAGCAAAUGACAUAUGGCAGCUGUGAGGAGACGACGGUACGGAUCGAGCCCGAGACAACUGAUCUCCUGUUAGGAGAUGUCAACAAGACAUUUGGAACACAGCCUGUCGAAGUCCUCCGUGCGGCUCUGUUGUUCGCCUUCAUUCAAGCGUUUCCGACACGUGCUCCUCCGAUAACCUAUGCCGAAGCUCAUGGCCGGGAGCCAUAUGACGCCACCAUUGACCUGACGCGCACAGUAGGUUGGUUUACAACACUGGCCCCAAUCCUGUUGCAACUUGAUAGCGCGUCCGAUAUCCCAGCAGUGGUUGGGCAGGUCAAGGACGCUCGCCGCCGCCUGACCCGGAAAGGGCUAGACGCCUUCAGCAGUCGGCAGCAGGCAGGCCUCAUGGAAAUCGUCUUCAACUACGGAGGGCGCUAUAGUCAACAGAUUCAGAAGCCAGGCGCCUUGUUUGAAGUCCAGUCCUUUCAGACUCUGAAUAUUUUUGACGCGGCGGCUGACGUGCGGCGCUGGUCGGUAGUAGAUAUCAACAGCUUCGUCCAGGACGGCCAACUGAUAUUUACAUUUACUCAUCCCCGGGGGUCUAGUCAGGCACGCAUCAUCUCGGCAUGGACUCUGCAAUUAUUAAGAACGCUGAAAACCUUGGCCUCAGACUUCGCUUCCGCAGCCAGGAUCUACACCCCUAUGGAUUUUCCGUUGUUGAAGUCGGACAACGCCCAGCUGCAGCGCCUUCUGUCCUCACUGUCGUGGGUAGCCCCGGCCUCAGAGAUAGAAGACAUCUACCCCUGCGCCCCCAUCCAGCGUGGAAACCUGCUCAGCCAGGAGAAGGACCGGUCUCUCUACCAUGUCACCAUGGUGUGGGAACUCCAAACUGCGGAGAGCGGGACGCCAUCGGUGCCACGAGCGAAGGAUGCUGUACAUCAAGUAAUCGCUUACCACCCAUGUCUGCGAACGUCUUUUGUUAGGUCCUUCUCAGAACGCGCGCUUUACGACCAAGUGGUUGUCCGCAAUGCGAGCCCGCAGAUUGAGGUUGUGCACAGUCCAGGCAAGGGCUCACAAGGUCUCCCCUCGGCGCAGGUAUCUCCUUUGACGCCAGACUGUCCAAGUCGGUUUACGAUAUACGUGGACCAGAACCAUAAGGUAUACAUUCGUCUGGAUGCGACGCAUGCACUAGUGGAUGCCACGUCAUUUAGCCUGAUUCAGCGCGACCUCUGUCUUGCCUACGAAUGGCGGCUCGAUAUUUCCCCAGGGCCGCCGUACGCGAGCUUCAUAGCCUACUUGCAGUCUCGAAACGGGGAGGAAGAUCGCCUUUUCUGUGAAGAGGAACUAAAAGGCAUCUAUCCAUGCCUCUUCCCAUCACUCACAGAUUACCAGCCUGGAGACGUGGACGAGUGUUCGUCCUUGACCGUCCAGCUCCAACACAGCGAAGAGAUCUUCGCCUAUUGCCGCGCACAGAGUGUCACCCCCGCCAACAUAUUUUGUCUGGCAUGGUCCCUUGUACUUCGAUCGUACGUGGGUUCAGAUGAUAUUUGCUUUGGCGUUCUUGCUUCUGGCCGGGAACUGCCGUUUGCUGGUGCGCAAGACGUUGUUGGGCCUCUUAUCAACGUCCUCACCUUUCGCAACCGUUUGGAUCAUGACUUGUCUGUCGGCGAAUGCCUGCAGCAGGUACAUAACAAUUACCUUCGCUACCUGCAUCACCAGACCUAUUCUCUGGCGGACAUCUCUCACCAGAAGGGCGAUGCGGCCCUCUUUAAUACAGUGUUGUCGAUACAGCGGCUCAUGGCAUCCGCUCCAACAUCGACUUCUUUGAAUCUUGUUCAUCGCCGCGACCCAGUCGAGUAUGCGAUUGCAGUCAAUAUCGACAUGGAACCAAGCCGUAUCGCCGUGUAUCUGCGCUACUGGCGGUCAUCACUUUCUAGCGAACAGGCCUCGCUCAUAGCGUCUUCGUUUGAACAAGCACAAUCUGUGCGGGAAACUCCGGAUGCCCCGGCAGUGCGCUGGACCAAGGGCUUAUUUACAUACCGCGAGUUAGGCUUCUUAUCGGACCAGCUAGCCCUCCAUUUAAGGCGACAGGGCCUUGCCCCAGGAGCUCUCGUUCCACUGUGCUUUGAUAAGAGCCCCUGGACCGUAGUUGCUGUUCUGGCGGUUAUCAAGAGCGGUGCAGCUUUUGCCCUUUGCGACGUCACUCAUCCGGACUCACGACUGCGAUCGAUCUGUCAAGAUCUUCAAAGAACAAUCAUUCUGUGCUCGCCAGGUCAGGAAUCACGGUGCAAAAUGAUUGCGGAGAAAGCAAUCGUUGUGGGGGAGCAUAACAACGGCUGGAAGAAGGAUGAUGUCGGUACCCUGACGCCCCAGCUGCCAGUGAGUGGUACGAGGACUCCACUCUUCGUCGUUUAUACGUCUGGAUCAACCGGAAAGCCAAAAGGGGUUGUGAUUGAGCAUCGAUCUUUUUGCGCCCUCGUUCACUAUCAGGUCUCGGUGUGGAGAAUGAGUCCGGCCGCACGGGUAAUGCAAUUUGCCUCCUACGCCUUUGACGCCAGUGUGUUUGAGAUCCUGUUCCCGCUGAUGUGUGGCGCCUGCACAUGCAUUCUGGAUGAGGUGGAGAGACGUGAUUAUCUCGAUGUGACUAUGAAGCGUUUGCAGGUCACACAUGCUUUUCUGACCCCGUCUGUAGCCCGCCAGCUCUCGCCAGCAGCAGUCCCCGAUCUUCAGGUCCUGGUCUGCGGCGGCGAGCCUCUUAGGCACCAGGAUCUCCAUCAAUGGGCCGCCAAUGUCCGCUUGGUAGAUGGAUAUGGCCCAGCAGAAUGCACCGUCUUCAGUGUCUCCCAUCCCUCUCUAACCCGUACCUCACGACCGAGUGACAUCGGUCGUCCUGUUGGGUGUGUCGUGUGGCUGGUGGAUCCUAGUGAUACCGAACGUCUUGUGCCUGUCGGUAGUCUAGGAGAGAUAUUGAUCGAAGGCCCUAUCGUCGGCAGAGGGUAUAUCAACAAUCCACAGGCUACCGAGUCAUCUUUCAUAAAGCCUCCAGCUUGGCUUCUUGCCGUGCGCCCCGAUUUUGACCCGACCACCAAACUCUAUAAGACCGGGGAUCUUGCACGCUACUUCCCCGAUGGACGGCUAGAUAUCCGUGGCAGGAAGGACUCGCAGAUCAAAAUCCGCGGCCAAAGGAUCGAGCUGGGCGAAGUGGAGUUUCAGGUCCAGUCUUGUUUCCCGUCAGCGGCGGGGGGCAUUGUCGUGGACGUGGCACCUACCGGCCUGGAUGAUGGGAACCUUGCCCUUUUCGCCUUUAUCUGCUUUGGGGGCCCUGUAUCCUCUUCGGAUGUGGGCAGCCAAGUGCUCCGAGCCGCAGAUGAGGACUUUGUCGCAGAAGCGGCCUCGGCUUCCUCAGCGCUGUUUGAACGUCUGCCAGCGUAUAUGGUGCCUUCUUAUUUCCUUCCACUCGCCAAUCUACCGAUAAAUCCAUCCGGAAAAGCCGACCGAAGGUAUCUGAAGUCCUUGCUAGAUAUACCUGCCGAGCAAUUGCACCAAUACCGACCCUUGAGCAAACGACAGCAGCGCGCGCCCUCGUCGGCAGAAGAACGGUUGUUGCAUCACAUUUGGUCUACGACCCUGGGCCUUGAUGAAAAGCUGAUAGGAGCAGACGAUAAUUUCUUCCAGGUCGGCGGAGACUCUGUGAGUGCCAUGAAGGUUGCUGCGGUGGCCCGGCAACAGGGACUCGAUAUCUCCGUUGCGGAUAUCUUCGCUCAUCCAAGGCUCUCUGCUCUGGCGGCCACAUCCAGCAAUAAGGAUGUUUCUGAUCCAGGCUUCGAGCCCACGCCAUUUGCGCUCUGCCCGCCAGACGCUACAGUGCUCCUACCUACUCUGUUAAGGGCUCGAAACAUGCUUCAUCCCAAGACGACAAUAACUGACAUCUUGCCCGUCUCGGAUGGCCAGGGCUUCUUCCUCACACGAGUUACUCUUCACCAUUUCUCCUUUGCGAUUGAAGGGAAGCUAGACGUUGAACGUCUCCGUCACGCUUGUGAGACAGUGUAUCGGUUCUUUGCGAUUCUGCGGACAAUGUUCAUCCACUGGCGUGGUCAAAUUCUGCAGCUUGUGCUUGAUAAUAUCGACGUUCCUUUCCAUCACAUCGUGACCGAUUCUGAUCCUGCUGAAGCCCAUCGCGAGUUGCGAGAUCUAGAUCGCAGAGUGGCUUCUGUGCUGGAUGAGCAGCCUCCUUGCGCGUUCAUACUGAUCUCUGACCGUAGUGGCACACAGCAUGAACUCACCUUCCGCUUGUCGCACGCCCAGUGGGAUGGACUGUCCCUAGCAGAACUGUUCAGCGCCUUUGGGAACGCCUAUCAUGAUCGUGCAAUCCCACCCACGACGCAGCUUACCACGGUUGUCUAUCAUCGCCUGAUGCGCGACAAAACCCAAUCCCUGUCGUUUUGGAGGGACUAUCUUCAGGGCUCCACAAUGACUUCGCUCAUCCCCCCUGCAUCUGAAACAACAGACCUCAGCCCUGGAACCACCAUCUGGGAGAACACCAAUCUCCAGCCUGCCCCCGAGCCCCCCUCGGGGAUUACCAUGGCAAGUGUGGUCAAGGCCGCGUGGGCGCUGGUGAUCGCUCAGGAACAGGGUCGGGGCUGUCGAGAUAUUGUCUUCGGCCAGACCGUCAACGGGCGGAGUUCCGCGCUGCCCAACAUCGAGCGCAUCUUUGGUUGUUGUCUCAAUUUCAUACCCGUCCGCAUCCGGCUCCGCGACGAAAUGACCAUAUACGAUCUGCUGCACCACACGCAGACCCAGUACCAGAAGACCGUUGCACACGACGAUGUCGGCUUCCAAAACAUCGUGGACGCAUCGACCGAUUGGCCUCGCGGCACGUAUCUGAAUUCGAUUGUGCAGCACCAGAAUAUCCCGUUGCACCAUUUGAUGCCCCUGGAGGGCCUGAAAACCCACUUCAGCCUUAACGGGUAUUUCAGGCCGGGGAGAGAAGUUUUUAUUUUCACCGAGCCCGACGGUGAUAUCCUCAGUGUGCAAUUCUGCGCAAACCCGAACGUUAUUGAGUUGUCUUAUGCUCAGAAGCUGCAUCGGAUGCUGGUGGAUAAUAUUGUGCGCUUGUGUCGCUCCCAGAAUGACCUGGUGUCAACCUUGCUCGCGACAUAG